CGCAUGGGCUCUCGGGCGCCAGGGCUCUGCGUGCAGUCUGCAUGCUGUCGCCGCCGAGGGCACUUCAGGUCCCCGCGUGUGCGGCCGCGGGCGCCGUCGUCGCCAGGGGCCCGGACGGCGACCUCGCGGUGCCGCGUGAGCUCGGCGGCGCAGACCUCGCCGCGGUGUCGAAGGGCCUCCUGGAGAACCGCCGCCUGCAGGCGACGCUGCGCACGGCCAUCGCGGCCGCGGAGGAGGCGGGCGUCAGGAACUCGAGGCAGACCGAGCAGCUGGCGGAGUAUAUCUCGGGGCAGAAGAGCGCACCAGAGCGGUGGGGGGCCUCCUUGUUCUCCUGUGCGGCGGACCCGAAGAGCCUCCCAGCUAAGAACAUCCACGCGAUGCGGCGCGCGCUGUUCCACGAGA